AUGACAGAGAUAGAGCCGCCAACUACCAAUAAUCACGUCCGUGCGUUUGCCAAACAAACCCUGCGCUCGGGCACAAUCAAGGGCGUCGUGCAUGGCUGCUUCCAGCCUGGAUCCUCGGGCUUGCCAGCCGAUCUGAUUAUUGCUCACGAAACAUCGCUCGACCUGUAUACUAAGGACGCCGAACUGGCGAGCAUCUGCACUGCACCGGUAUUUGGCAACAUCCUGGGCAUCUGCCGCAUCAGCAAGCCAUUGCCGUCAAACGCCGACGUGUGCGCCGUUCUCGCCGAGUCUGGCCAGCUGCUGCUGGUCUACGUUGAGGAGUACAAUCCAGGCAAACUGCGAUUCAGACUCCUGGACCAGAUCCAUGCCGGAUCUAGCCAGGGCAUGGAUCCUGGCCAGUACAGUAUGCUACGCAAGGUUGUGUCCGACCCCCUGUCUCGCGCAUUGGUUAUCGUAUCAUGGACGAACACGCUGGAGCUGCUAGAAACACAGCGGAUCAUGAUUGUGGCUGCAGUUAUCGACAGUGCCACUGAGGCAUUUUCUUUGCAUCUGUUUGAGUCGUGGGUGCAAUCGGAGUCAGUAGCACCGCCAGUCCGGCUGCUGGCCAAACUGCCCAUGCCGCACGAUAUGUCGAUGCCGCUACAAGUCGCGGUGCUACCAGCAAUACCCGAGCGCAUCUUGCUGAUUACCGAGCAUGAGGCCGUGUUUGUCAGUGCUGUUCAGAUUCUAUCGGGCGAUGUGCAUUUGUGUCGGAUGCCGCUGCCAGUCAUGGACGAUGACAGCAGCACUGGACCUGAUUGCGGCAUGCUGAUAGGCGCACAGACCCUCGGCGUGCCAGCUGGUGCCUCUGCAGUUGGUAUGUCGCAGCGACUUGUCAUGGGUAUGCAAAGCGGUGCGCUACUACGAGUCGACGUUAGUGAUCGGCCGAGUAUCAGGUUUGCCAAGAUUUUGGACCUGUCAAGCACCGGCUCUAAGAUGGCCAUCGGUGACUACAUGGUGCAUCUCGGGUCCGGCAGUCUAUUUGUUGCAGGGGACUGUGUUGACCACACCAUCAUCCAGAUAUCCACGUUCGAAACGGACAUGCCCACUAUGACAGCAUCGCCGGUACUCGCCAGCCAGUCGCCACUGCUUGAUCUGGCCAUCAACUCUGGCUCCCACCUCGCGUAUUGGACCAGCGGCCGCAUGCACACGGGUGCCAUUCACGAGGCACGGUUCGGCCGCACAGUGCAGUGUCUCUAUACCUUGGACACUGGUUUGUCUGAAGGCGACUGCACGAUUUCCCGUGCAUGGGGAGUCACGAUGCACAACUCCUUGCAGUGCGUUGUCAUGACGACGAUUAACUCUUGCGUUGCAGCCUGCGUUGAUAGAGACAAUAGCUGGCGCAUCCAUGAGGAGCUACAGCAGUGGCUGUCUGCCAUGGAGCCCGUGUUUGUAGGGAAUGCUGGACCUCGGAUUGUCUGUGUGUCAAAGGACAGCCUGGACAUCCUGGACUCACUGCAGACCAGGCGCAUUGCUAAUGCCAGCGACAGAGAGUUGUUCACUCAUGGUGCCAGUACUGUGCUCGGUAGCAUCUCCAUUGCGGCUGUCGUGGUCAGGCUACCGCUGGGCGACAGCAACGUUAGUUGGCCAUGUUAUUACCGGUCAGCAAUCCGGGUAUUUGACAUCUGUGCCCAGGAGCUGGUAUUUGAGGACAUGCUCGGCUCUGAGGUAUCGGCCCCAUAUUUGGCUAUUGGCACAUAUGGACCGCGGAUGAUCAUCUACCGGAUUUGUGACAGCGGUGCACUGGAGCAAACCAGCACAAGCCUGGCUUAUGUCAUCAACGACAUCUUUGCACUAUGCACAUCGGAUCGGUCCUGCCUGCUGAUAGGCCUGCGCAACGGAACCCUGGUCAAGGCGCAUGUACAUACUAGCACGACCGGCCCGUUUUCACUAGGAGAGGCUGUAGAGGACCAGAUAGGUGGCGCACCUGUCAAGUUCACGCCAGUACCAGAACCACUGUCUCCACCAACGAUCAGCAGCUCCAAGGUUGUUGUGCUUUCUGGCUCGCUACAUACUGCCGAACUCAUCGACCACGGAUAUAUGAGGAUGGUGCCAUGCAUUGGCAGUGAUUUCAACCUACCCAAUGUCCUCCAUCUGCUGCCACUCUUUGCGGCAGACAGCUGCUUCUUCGGCAUCAGCGACAGCAACGCCAUCAGCAUCCAGACCAUUGACUUUUCGUCGCAAUGCCACAUCCGCACGCUGCCAGUUGGGGACGAGCCACGGCGGAUCCUGGUGGAUCGCGACACCGGAAUGCUGGUGGUCGCUGCCAUGAGAUGGCAGCUGUCAGACUCGCCGCCUAUUCCAACAUCGUCACUAAAGGUUAUAGACCCGCGCGACGGCACGCUGCAUGCCGAGUCCCGGCUCCAGAAAAACGAGGCAGUCUUUGCGCUGUCACACUGGCAUGUUCAAGGCCGCAAGUCAUACUGCUUUGUUUGCGUUCGGCACCUGGCAUGUACUCUGCUGCCGGUGUGCCUGCACCCGAUCCCACCAAAGGCGCGCAAGCGACCAGGCGCUGUAGCCUCGCCGAUCUCAAGCGCUGCAUCGUCGCCCCGCCUCCAGCCGCAGCCUGACGCGUCGUAUGACCUGAAGUUCCGGUGGGAGUCGGCACGCAGCGGACCAGUCACAGCCCUGGCCCCGCUCGGCGACUCGUACCUGUGCUGCGAGGUUGUUUUGAGGUUCCUGGUUACUUGCGUGCAUGUUUCUGGCAACCAGAUUGCUGUCGGGUCGCAGCGCGAGUCAGUGCAUUUGUUUGAGUUCACUGCUGAUGCCCGGUUCCUCUCACCCAGCAUGGUGGUUGGCGCAGAUCGCAAUGGGUUCGUGUUCGCCAUGGCCACCAGCGCAGAUAACAGCGACGAGUUUGCAUGCCGGGACAGCUGGUCAGCUACCUGCACCGACCUGAUCACAUUGUGCCAUGGUGUACGGGAUGCCUCCAGGCGGGCGGAUGCUGUGCUAGCCAGCACGAUAACCGGGGCAAUGUGGUCGUUUGUGCGCGUCAGUGAGCAGGCGUUCGACCUGGUAAAGCUGCUGGAAGAAGCGCUUCUAGCGACACGGCCAGCCUACAAUCUGCAGCAACAAAGUGUGGUUGAUGGCGAGCUGUCGACGCUCAUGGUAGUCGCCUCGUCGUUGGAGCUGCGCACCACGGCUCUGGCAAUGAGCGACUUUGCAUCACCGCCUGACGACUCGUCCAGGAUUGCAACAGCAGCCAGCACCAUCCGCACACUGAUUCAGGGCCUCAACCGAGCGUGCCUUUACUAA